GGCCAGCUGCACCCCCACCCACCUGGAGGGCUCAGGGCUUGCAGGAACCCCAGAAUCUCUCUCCCUGGUACAAUCCCAAGAGGGGGAAACAUCUGUAUCUGGUCUCCUCAGACAACCCUUGACCUGCCAUGGGGUAGAUGGGCAGGAAAGGGGGCCUUUUGAUGUGGCUCCUCUGAGUCCUAGGGGUGCUGCUCUUGAGGGCCUCCUGGAGGAGGCAGACCCUAGCCCAAGUGAGGAGAUAGCAGGCCACUGUGCCCAGGGGGGCACCACGGACACUUCCAAUACUCCCCAGCCCCAAGAUUUGGGGAGGUCUGAGGCUGCCCUCAGCCUUCCAGUUCUGUCUCUCACUCCUCAGCAAGCAAAGGGAGACAGCCAUCAGAACCACUGGACAGAGACCCCUGCCUUGGGGAAGCCAGGGCUACCCCCUGCUGGCCCACUGCCAGCCAGGACCACCUGCUACCUUGUCACCAUUACCCUACAAGGAAAGAGAGGCGUGACUCCCGGGGAGGGCGGAGGAGAGCCAGAGUUAGUGCCGCCAGUGCCGUGGGAGCUGAAACCGGCCCAACCAGCUCCUUGCCCAGGCGGCCCUGAAGAAUUCCGGGGCUGCCGGGCGAGGGUGCAGGCCCCUCCCCAGGAGCCACGCCCCAUCACGGGGUGCCCCAACUCCCGGCCCUGGGAACCCCAGUUGAAACAGGACCAGAGGCCAAGGAGAGCUGGCGAGCCUGCUGGGAGCCGGGCCACCAAGCCACUGCGUUCUCUGGACAGAAGUGUUCUGGGGGUGCUGAGCAGUGAGGACAUAAAGAGCCCUCAGGGCACAGUGCCAGGCCCUGGCAUGGAAGAAGCGGGCACACACCCGGUCCGGCCAGAAUCUCGUGUGGUGAGUGCCACCCUGACCUGGCGGCAUCGGCCCCCUGCCCAGGAGGAGGUCCGGCACCGCUUACAUAAGGUCUCACUGGUCUCACAAGGAGGAAGUGCUGCCCCCCCUGAGGAAUCCUAUUCAUAUACCUACCAUCGAGAGGAGGUCAAUGGUGUUACCACAUGUGAAGAGGAGACUGUGAAUUCUCAGGUGCCCAAGAUCAGAGUUGGGGAGAGGCAGGAUGCACCUGAGGACCUAACUCUAGGUGAUACAAAGAAAUUCCUCAGUCACGAGCCCAUCUUCUCCAAGAAGUACACGCCACUCCCAAAGGAUAAGAAGCAACAUGGGAGGCCAAAGGAGACCAGUGGCCAGGUCUCCAGCAGCUCCCCUAUUCCUCAGGCAGAGACAUCAAGGCUCGGGGUCGCCGCUGGUGCACGGGGAGAGGGCCCCAUGGUGGGGCCCCGGGAGGCAAGCCCUCACCCUGGCCUGGGCUUCUCCAGCGGAAUUUGUCGGGGCGCUGAGGAGAGGCGGGUGACUCGGACUGUGCGCACCACGACAAUGGUGGGAGGGCAUAUAGAGAGGCGGACAAGCAGCAGCAGCUCUGUAGUGACUGGGCCCACGGGGGCUGAAGGUCUACCCCGGGGCCGACACCUCGCCCGGACUGUCCGAGCCCCCAUCCUGAGGGUGGUAGGCUCCUGUGCUGAGGGCUCCCCUUCACCCAGUCGGAGCCAGGCCCUGGAAAUCCUCACCAGUCUAGUACCCCCUGAGCCUCACCCCCCAAAAGCUGAGGCCCUGAGACAGAGUCGGCUACCCCGGGCCAUCCCCAGGUUCCAAGGGCCCCCCUCAGGCCAGGUGGGAGUGCCUGGGACUCAAGGACAGCUGCCAAAGUUUGUGGAGGCUAGCCAAGAAGAAGGUAGUGUCCCUGGGGCUGCUGGCAUCAUUACAGAUGCCUGUGACCCCAAAGAGAGGGAAGCACCAGCUACUAGGCUGUCUGAGUCUAGAGGUGGCCCUAUACCUCCUGAGCUUCCUCCUCAGGCUCCCCCCAGCAGGACCUCAGUCCCAUCUUCCCCUGGACUCCAGCACCUCAGCACCCUCACUGCCCCAGAGCCACCUACAAUGUGUCAUGGCCCCAGUGUCAAACUCUGCCUGGAGUCUAGAGUAUCCCCCACCAUAUCCCAGGUGAAAAGUGAGGUUGUCUUAAGCCCAGGGGCUCCCCAGUAUUCAUCCUCCAAGGGAACCGAGGUGGUCAUGAGCUCUGAAACCUCUCUUGUACCAUUCCCCCAAAGGGACAAAACUGUCCUAGAACCUAGACCUUCUCUUACCCCAUCACCCCAAAAGAAUGAGAUUGACCUGGGUUCUAGAGAACCUUUUGUCCCAUCCCCAACAAAGAUUGAGGUUGUCCUAGAACCUGGAACCCCUCUUGUCUCGUCUCCAGUGAAGACUAAGAUUGUCCUGGAACCUGGAACCCCUCUUGUCUCAUCCCUAGUGAAGACAAAAAUUGUCCUGGAACCUAGAACUCCUCUUGUCCCACCCCCGACAGAGACUGAUCUUGUCCCAGGACCUGGAAUCCCCCAUGUCCUAUCCCCAGUGAAGACUGAGGUUGUCCCAGAAUCUGGAACCCCUCUUGUCCCACUCCUAACAAAGACUGAGCUUGAUGCAGGAGCUGGAACCCCUCUUGUCCCACCCCCAACAAAGACUGAGGAUGUCCUGGAACCUGGAAUCCCUCUUGUCCCAUCCCCAGCAAAGACUGAGCUUGUCCCAGGACCUGAAACCCCUCUUGUCCCACCCCCAACAAAGACUGAGCUUGUCCCAGGACCUGAAGCCCCUCUUGUCCCACCCCCAACAAAGACUGAGGUUGUCCUGGAACCUGGAACCCCCCUUGUCCCAUCUCUGACAAAGACUGAGGUUGCGCUUGGGCCCAAAGACCCUAAUGCCCUAUCUCCCUUGGAGGCCGGGGCUUCCCUCCACCUUGGGCCCUCUCAGGCCCCUGCCCAGGAGUCCGUGGGAGAAGAAGAAGUAGAUCUAUCCGCUGACCUGGAGCUUUUCCUGGACACCCUUCGGAACAUGGAAGCCCCGGAGAUCCUGCGCACCCACAGGCUGCCCCGGGCACCCCGUUCCUCCUAUCUGGCUAUGUAUGCCACGCUGCCCGCCAUCGACGAGGACCAGACCUCAACUUGGACUGCAGCACCUGGACCGGAACCAGAGCCUGAGGCAGAGGCUGAGUCAGAUGAGGAGCCCGAGAACCCCUACCUCAGUGACGAUGAGAAGCUGCAACGGCGCCAGGAGAAGGCCAGCCCUGGGCCAGGAUUCUUCUGGGAAACCCGACCCUCGAGGCAGCCCUCGGCAGCCCGCUCCCCACUGGACAUGAUGAAGCUGCACGUGGCUGAUGUUCAGGGGCCACAGGCCACUGAGCCAGGCCCACGGGGCAGGGCUCCCGGGGCUCCUCCUUCCCGCCUUGAGGGCAGCCUCCUGUUUGGAGGAGGGGAAGUGCCAGCUCCUGCCACUCUGGGAGCUAAGUUAUCUUCCCUGCGACCCCAGGCAUCCCCUGUCCUGGAGAAGGGCCCUGGGCGCAUACCCCUGCUCUCCAGCCAAGGAAAGCCACAGGCCCAGGCUGAAACCAAGGCUUCCACUCAACUUCCUGAGGGCAGGAGUUGGGAAGAGAAGAAACAAGGAAAACGAAACACCAGACCAGGAAAGAUCAUCCUCUUCUCAGAGCCGGGCUGCCAGGGUGAAGCCCAGGAGGUCUGGGAUGAUGUCGCUGAUGCCACAGGCUGGCUUCCCCCUCCAGCUUCCCUCCGGGUGCUACGAGGAGUGUGGCUGCUAUAUGAGAAGGCUGGAUUCCAAGGUCAGAAGCUGGUCCUCCCCGAGGGGGACAUGGAGCUCAGGGUAUCAGGCACAGCAUGGAGUCCUCUGACCAUCGGCUCCCUCAGGAGGAUUGUCAGGGAUUACGUCACCCCGGAGAUCAUCCUAUUCUCAAAGGAGGGCAAUGAGGGUGUCCAGGUGAAGUUGACGGAAGCCUUAGAGGAUACCCAGGGGCAGGGCCAGCCCUUACUUGCAUCAUCUGUCACUGUCACUGCUGGAUUGUGGUUGCUGUACUCCAAAUCCUACUAUGCUGGGGUUCCCUGCAUCCUGGAACCUGGAGUCUAUCCUACCUCGGAAGCCUGGGGUUCUUCUGACCCUCACGUCAACUCUCUGAAGCCUUUGAGACUGGGUUGUCCCACUGUGGAGAAGCCAGGGGAGCCCAAGGCCCUGGUGUAUGAAGCCAAAGACUUCCAGGGACACUGCUGGGAAGUGAGCCGAGACAUCUAUGAUCUGAGGAGGCCAGAAGAUGGGCAGAGCCCCAGCUUGGGCACUGUGGGCUCCCUGUGCAUCCUUGGGGGCUGUUGGGUAGGCUAUGAGAAGGAAGGUUUCAGAGGACACCAGUACCUGCUGGAGGAAGGCGAGUAUCCAGAUUGGUACCACUGGGGUGGCUACGACGAAUCCCUGACCUCCCUAAGGGUCAUCCGCACGGACUUCUCGGACCCCGCUGUGAUGCUGUUUGAGGCUGCGGACUUUGAGGGUCAGAGUGUGGGACUGAGUGAGGCGCUGCCGGACGUGCAGCUGGCUGGACAUGGCCUCACCACUCAAGCCAUCCAUGUUCUGAGUGGCGUGUGGGUGGCCUAUGAACAGGUGGGCUUCUCUGGGGAGCAGUAUGUACUCGAGAAGGGCGUCUACCGAAAUUGUGAUGACUGGGGGGCUGGCAACAGCACCAUCACCUCCCUGCAGCCCAUUUUGCAGGUGGGGGAGCACAACCUACAUUUUGUCUCUAAGAUUCAGCUCUUCUCCGGACCUGAUUUCCUUGGGGACCACAUCUCCUUUGAGGAUGACCAGGCCUCUUUGCCCUCCUCCUUCCAACCCCAGUCCUGUCGGGUCCACGGUGGCAGCUGGAUCCUGUUUGAGAAGCAGGAAUUUGAGGGGCAACAGUAUGUGCUCUCAGAGGGAGAGUUCCCAACACUUACAGCCAUGGGCUGCCUGGCCUCCACUGUCCUGAGCUCACUGCAAAAGGUCCCCCUGCAUUUUUCAGAGCCAUCUGUCUUUCUGUAUGGGUUGGAGUGCUUUGAGGGAAAGGAGAUUGAGCUCAAUGGGGAAGUCCGGAGCCUUCAGGCAGAAGGCUUCAACAACCAUGUCUUGUCUGUUCGGAUCAAGGGAGGCGUCUGGGUGCUGUGUGAGCACAGCGAUUUCCGCGGUCGCCAAUGGCUGGUGGGAAGCACGGAGAUCACCAACUGGCUGACGUACAGUGGGACCCAGAGGAUCGGCUCUCUCUAUCCUAUCAAGCAGCGCCGAGUUUACUUCUGCCUGAAGAACAAAGGCCUGGGAAGGUGGCUGGCAGUGCCCGAGGAUGUGGAGGACAUGAAAGCUGGGAGGGUUGUGGUCUCGGAGGCCCGGGCUGGGGGCAGCUGUAUCUGGUACUAUGAAGAUGGGCUACUGAAGAACCAGGUGGCCCCAACAAUGAGCCUGCAGGUGAUUGGGCAGCCCAGCCCCGGAUCCAAGGUGGUGCUAUGGACCGAGAGCCGCCAGCCCAGGCAGACGUGGAGCAUCGACCCCUCUGGACACAUCUGCAGCGAAAUGUUUGAGGACAAGAUUCUGGAUGUGAAGGGUGGCCGGGGCUAUGACAGGGACCAUGCUGUGCUGUGGGACAGGACUGAGGACAGACCUUCUCAGAUCUGGGAUGUCCAGGUGCUCUGAGACCCUUCACUCCAGAGAACUUGGGUGGGGGCCAGAUAUUUGUACAGA